AUGGUAGCGCAGAGUAUCAGAGAAGAGGAGCAUAAGAGAGAAUUGAAAGACGCAUCACAAAAGAAAUGGACAAUGAUAGCGCGAGAGCAUUAUUAUGUGGGGUUACUUGUUAUCCCCGGAAGUGGGUUCUUUGGGCGCUACUUCAGAGCAGAUGCCGGCUUCGGCGGGUCAUCGUGCCAGAUGCACACUCCAAGGCACGAGAAGCGGGGGAAAUCGUGGUGGAGUGCGAGGAAACGUGACUCGGUCCGGGGCGAGCAGGAUGAGAAUCAUUGCGAUUGA